AUUUCAUUUGCUUCUGAAACUGAGAAGAGAGAGAGAUAUAUAUAUAUAUAUACACGAGGGAAGAGGUUAUCAGCUCCGGUGGCACAGUUGAUCCCUCACCUGCUACCAGGAAGUUCGAAAGGAUCGUGAUUUCCAUCUAUAUAGUCUCCAUAUUUGGUUGAAAACCAAUCUAACUUGUUUAAGUAUACAAAAUUUGCCUUGUUGGGUUUAUGUAUUAAAUACAACAUCUGUACACUUUUUCCUUUUAUCACUCCCAUCAUCUAGCAUGGGAAAAGAGAAACUAAGAUUCAAAGAAGUUUACGAUUCUUGUAGCCCCAAAAUUCUCUGGUGGUUCUUUUUUGUAGCUACUUGCAUAAAAGUUCUCCUUUUCCCAUCGUACCGUAGUACAGACUUUGAGGUGCAUCGCAACUGGCUGGCAUUGACCCACUCCCUCCCUCUUUCCCAGUGGUACUUUGAUGAGACCAGUCCAUGGACUCUUGAUUACCCACCAUUCUUUUCCUAUUUUGAACACAUUCUAUCCAUUUUUGCUCAUCUCAUUGAUCCCCAAAUAGUGCACCUUCAGGAGGGCCUGAAUUAUAGCUCAAACAAGGCAGUUGUUUUCCAGAGAGUUACUGUGAUACUCUCUGAUUUGUCACUUCUUUAUGGAGUUUACAGACUCACUCGGAAUCUGGAUUCAAGAAAGCAAAAGUUGAUCUGGUUAUUGGUUAUUUGGUCACCGAUGCUUUUUAUAGUGGACCAUAUACAUUUUCAGUAUAAUGGAUUUCUCAUUGGGAUUUUGUUGAUUUCAAUAUCAUAUUUGGAGGAAGGAAGGGAUUUGUUAGGUGGGUUUAUUUUUGCUGUUCUCUUGUGCUUUAAGCAUUUAUUUGCAGUGGCAGCCCCGGUUUAUUUUGUUUAUUUGUUGAGGCACUAUUGUUGGGGUGGAGUGGUAAGAGGCUUCAGUCGACUUUUGAUUAUGGGAGGUGUGGUUGUUGCAGUGUUUGCAUCUGCAUUUGGGCCAUUUUUCCACCUUGGGCAGAUACAACAAGUCAUCCGACGAUUGUUUCCAUUUGGCAGGGGGCUUUGCCACGCAUACUGGGCCCCAAAUUUUUGGGUAUUCUAUAUCAUGUCAGACAAAGGAAUUGCUUUCACAUUCAGAAAACUUGGGUUUAAUAUCCAGACACCAGCAGCUUCGUUCACUGCUGGACUAGUAGGGGAUUCCUCACCUUUUUCUGUACUACCUCAGAUCACACCAUUCAUGACUUUUAUAAUGGUUCUGCUUGCCCUAUCUCCUUGUCUUCUCAAGGCUUGGAAGAAUCCACAGCCCCAAAUGUUUAGUAGAUGGAUAGCCUAUGCUUAUACCUGUGGUUUUCUUUUUGGGUGGCAUGUGCAUGAGAAGGCAUCACUCCAUUUUGUAAUACCACUUGCCCUUUUUGCAGCACAAACACUGGAGGAUGCAAAGCAUUACUUUUUACUGUCAAUAGUAUCCUGCUAUUCACUUUUUCCGCUUUUAUUUGAGGCACGAGAGUAUCCUAUCAAAGUUCUGUUGCUGCUUUUGCACUCCAUUUUGAUGUGGUCAGGCUUUUCAGCACAAUUUUAUGAUGGGGCUGAAACAAGAAGAGCGCCAACUGGUCAUACAAAGAAACAAGUCGAUCAACUUGGAUCUGGAGGUAGUUCAAGUGCAGCUGUGAAGAAAGGAGGUUUUGUUAUUGGCUGGACUGAGAGGAUUUAUCUGGUAGGUCUAGUAGUUGUAGAGAUAUGGGGCCAAUUUUUACACCCUCUACUUUUGGGUGAUAAGCUUGCAUUUGCGCCACUUAUGUUGAUCUCCAUAUACUGUGCUUUUGGGAUCUUGUACUCUUGGAUCUGGCAGUUAAGAUCCAUAGUUAAAUCUGUUUAAAUAUUGGAUUUUUUGUA